CAGAAACUGGUAGUAGGCAACGUUACUUUUCAAUCUGUUGUCGUUGUCCAACCAUCAAACAAAAUUAGUUUUGUUAUAGUAAGUUUUGUUAAUGAAUUAAUUUUACUGAAAGUUGUUAUGGCUGAAAUAGAAGAUGAAGUAGUUACCCUUCAUCAAGAGUUUGAUUGGCUAUUGCAAGAAGAGGUUACUGUUAUCUUGGAAGAAAUACACGACAUUAUUUUGGAAUGUGCUAGAAGGUUUCCUGAUUCUGAUGAAUUAUAUGGUGUUGAAUCCCUAGUAAAGAGCGAAAAGUUUCUUUUGACUAACACGAGCUCAACUGGUGGAUCCACAACUGAUACUAUUCAAGCAAUAGUUACUUUAUCUGGUGACAAUAUUAGUUACGCAGAUGUUUUAUUAAAGCUCCACAAACAUUCUGUUCCUUCUCAUCGCACUAUUGUUCAAAAUGACUGCCAGUGGAAACUACAACAAAUUCAAGAUGCAGGAAAUCACUUGGCUCUUGCUCUUCAAAUAUUUUCAUCCCUCCCUGCAGCUAACAUGGAUGGAAAGCUUGAGUUUCAAUCUGCAGAGGAAGUUAUACACGUUGUAAACAAUCUGAUGGGAUGCCUUCAAAGGGGUAGAUCCUGUUUAUUGAUACCCAAGAAACGGACCAUAAAUGAGCUGCAGAAAAGUCGAAAUGUGAAAUCUUUGCAACCACCGCUGCCGCCAGAUCUUGCAAUAAGUUUUUAUGUCCAGUCCCACAAACUAGUGUUUGCUGUUUACCACAUUCUCUCAAAGGAAGCUCAGGGACCACCCAAAUUCGAUGUAUUUCAGGCAGAAUCCUCUGUCCCAUGGUUAAGUGAAGUACUAGUCCUCUUUACUGUCUCAUUACAGCUGUGUCAGCAACUAAAAAAUAAGGUUGCUGUAUUUGCUCAGUACAAAGAAAUGAAUGUGACUUAAUACUAUUGAUGGAUUUUUAUGUCACAUUGUUAAGUUGUUGAUUACAUGUUUAUAAAAUGUUUAAAUGUAAAAUCAUCAGAUGUUAGAAAAGUUUGUAUAGGUAUAAAAUUUUAUAUUGUAGAGUAUAUUAGUAUCGUGUCUAGCAUAUAAAUGGCAUAUUUAGUUAAGAUGCAUUUUUUGUAGUUAAAUGCAAAUUUUUUAUUUAUUUUAUUUCAUUUUAAUUUAUGACAAAAAGAGCUUUAAUAUUUUUAAAAUAUUUCUUGCGAGUAGAAAAUUCUCUGCUAGUAUUUUUAAAAAGUUAAUCAAAAUUUAAAAUAAAUAAAUCACAAAUAGUGGUUAUUGAGUUUUGAGUCUUACUAUGUGAGCUAAAGAAAAAUUGCAGGUAUUAAUCGUUUUUCCUCAAAAAAUAAUUCCUAAAUCUUUUCGUAGAAAAAAUUUUUUUGAAGAAAUUUUUAAAAUAAAGGUAAUGAUGAUUAUUUUGUCUAAUAAUGCGUAAUUUUAUAUAUAUA